AUGGCAACUACAGCUGCCCCCUUAUUCAGGAAUACAUCGCCAAUAACGCCAAUCGCUAUAUUCAAGACCUGGAAGACGAAAGGCAAUGCCAACAACCUGAACAACGUUAUGGAAAACAGAAGUUGCAUUCUCCUCACAAGCAACCACGAUCUGGCUAGGGGAUAUGUAGGAGAAUCCCACUUACUUAAGCUUUGGACAGAGUGCGAGAGCAUUGAGACAGAGUUUAAAACGGUUUUGAACAGGAUCGACAACCGCAAAAGGCGAACUAUCGGCAAAGAUGAUGAGCGAGCUAAGAAUAAGAUUCCUCACCUCGCUCUGGCAGGUCUGUGGGAUAGGCGCAAGAUCGACGAGAUGGACAGCCGCCUAAAGGCACUACAAAAACAGAUUAUGAAUUGCAUUGUGUUCUGUCUCUGGGCUGACUCAAAGAAGACAGCAAGGUGGGAAUUGCAUUUGACGAAAAGAUUGGAUACUAUACUCGGAAUCCUGGCAAGAGUUGAGAAAUCAGCAGCAGAGCAGGGCGGUACUAUAAGGGACAUGACAGAUGAUAAGCCUUUUGAACCUUUGAUUUCAGAGAUGGAUGACGUUUGUCAGGCCUUGAUCUCCGAAGGUGGAAACUCGAAGUGGCUUACCAGAGGAGUCGACGGUAAAUUGACAGAAGUAAUAUCGUCUUUGAUAAAAGCAUGCCAAUCUAUGUCCCUCCAAAGGGUAGGCCAGGAGGUAACCAAAGCUCUGACAAGUAGUAAUUCCGCUGAUGCAAAGAACAUCCGCUCUGAACUGGUGCGGUUGCUCUGGGAUAAGAGAUGGACAUUGGACAACUCAAUGGCAAUGUUUGAAACGGAUCAGGUACUUGGUAAACCAGAACUUGCAGAUGUCGGGAAGGAUAUUUCCCAUGGCCUCUACUUCGAGUCCAUGUACGAUGUCGAAGACGCAGUGGCCAAUAAUUUCGACACUACAUACGAAUGGAUCUUCCAGCAUGAACCUAAGAACUCAAAUGGCAAGGCCCUUUGGCUCAGAACCUUCCUCCAGCCCUGGGCAAAGUCGUUACCAAUUCUCAUCACGAAUUAUUACGCUUGGAACUCGGGAUUAAACAUGCAAAAGGCAUGGGAAGGCCUCAAGAAGACUACACUUCGAGGAAAGGCAGACUUCCCCGAUUGGGAAGAAUGGGAGAUCAAUGAGUCCUUCCAGGCCCUCAUGAAUGAAUGUGGAAAGCUAAUGGCGAUGGCUCUUUUUGCCGAUGGUCUUGAUGAGUUUGAAAUACCCCCGGCCACAGUUGUUUCAUAUAUACGCUCUAUGGCGAAUGACGCUGCUCAAGGCAUUAACAUCUGCAUUGCAAGUCGGCCGUGGACGGAAUUUGAACAUGCUUCCAACGAUGGCCCCAUGCUACAGAUGCACCUUCUGACUGAGGAUGACAUGAUGACAUUUGUUACGAAGAGUUUUCAAAAGAACAGAGGAUACAUUGGACUGAAAAGUGUAUACCCUCACGAAGUUGCCAAGCUCACUGACGACGUGGUGCAAAAAGCGGACGGGGUAUUUCUAUGGGUGUCUUUUGUAGUCAUGGAACUCAUCGAUCUCUUCACGGCAGGCGACAGUAUGGCCCAGCUCCAAGAAACAGUAGAGAAGUUACCAACAAAUCUCUCUUCGCUCUUUGAUGCCAUUUGGGCCCGAAUACCCCAUCGUCACCUGCCUGAUGCUUGUGCUAUGAUUCGACUUGCAAGGAGUGCAUGCGGACCCUUGCCGUGGCUUUUGAUGUGGCUCGCCGAUGAGUCUCGGUCUACAAAGGUCGAUCCAAGCGCCAUGUCCUUAGAAGCGAAAUACCACGCCAAAAGGGGACUCAAGCGUAGACUUGCCACGCGUACUCGAGGCAUAUUAGAACUCAGUGGGGCUGCCCAAGAAGUUGUCAACUUUGCCCAUAGGACUACGAGGGAUUGGGUUAAACAAGCGCACAUAUGGGAGGAGUUAUGUGCUUCAUGCCCAAGAAAUUUCGAGCCACAUCUAGGUUUUGCUGCAGGCCGAAACCCUGCUGAUGUUUGA